AGAUUUUCGGAUUCUCAGGUAUCUGGCGCAAGGAACAAUAACUGUUAAGCCGGGCCAUAAAACACCAAUUUUUCCAACGAAUAAUACGCAAAAUAAGCCAAGAAAGCCGACGCAGCUGCGUUUUUUGCCAGAAAUAAACCUUUUUGCCUUUACCUGUUGCCAAAAUCCGCGUGCAAAUGGCCGGCGGAUUUCGACCGUACGAUCAGGACUCGUGUCCUAACCUUACAAAUAGCGAGGCUCCGGAAUUCAGCAUGUCAGUCGUUUGCAAAACGGAGCCGCACUACUUUCAUCCGCAGACUGCUAUCCUGCCCAGCGUCCAGUACUCCCACCCAUAUCACCACUAUCUGAGCCAGUUCGCCCCGAACUUCGUGCCCUACUACUACCGCCUGCUCUCGCGGCCCAUAAUGAAGCAGGAGGAGAUGGACAUCGAGAACUACAUCAACUACGAGGUGGCCGCCCAGCAGACCAUGAUGCGCCAGCGGACCCUGAAGCCCCUGGGUCAGCUGCAGAUCCAAAUGCCGCCUCCCAUAAUAGUCAACCAGCCAGUUAAGCCAGUUCCCGUUAAGGCAGUGCCAGUCCGCCGAAGCUCUCCGCCCAAGCGACGCGUCAUCAAUGCCCAGUUGGUAGCGGUAGCCACCGCUUCCGGGGGCAUUAAGAACAUCGAACCGCGGGUGGAGCCACUGCCUCGCCUGGAGGAAUCCUUUAAGCAGCAAGUGGCCAAAAUCCAGAAGAGUCAGCACCACUACGAACAACUCUUUGGUCGUCUCACUUCCAUGCUAAAGACCCUGAAUCAGCGGUACGACAACGAUGCCGAGGAUGUGCCCGCGCCGCCCUCCAAGAGACCGCGCCACAUGUCCACCAGUUCGUCGGAAUCGCACAUCCCAGAUACUGCCUCUGAAAAGGACGAGAAAGACACUCUUGUGCAGUACCCGCACCGAGUGCAAAAGGAGGACGGCAGUGCGGUGUACGUACUGGGACCCAAUGGCACCCAGAUCACAGCCCAUCAGUACGGUGAGGUCUUCUGGACCAACGCCCCGGUGGCCACGAGGUGUCUUCUUUGCGUUGUCUUCAGCAGCGAUGAGUUGGCUACCCACACGCUGACCGGGAAGCCGUCGCCCGCAUUCUACGGCCGCGAAAGACCCCCAAAGCUCCAGUUAGACCAACGCAAGGUGGACGACAUCGUGGUCUGUGUGAGAAACCGGACGGGCGGCAAGGAACGGGUGAUUCGGGCCACCAUCACUACCAAGUGUGCGGAUACCGCCAAGAAGUACAAGAGGCGGGCCAAGAAGGCCCAGAAGGUCGCCAUCAAGGAGGAGUAUUAGCAUGGAGUGGACAACUAUUGGCUAGAUAUAAUCCAGCUAUGAUCAAGCUCUUCUCAACGACGCGCCACGAAAGGCGCAGAAAGACAUUGUAUAUAUUCGUAGUAGGUCCUGCUAAAAGUAAAAGUAAAGUUAUAUAAUCUAGCUGUGAUUGAAUAAAGACAAGAUGAAACC